AUGGAGUGGAUACAGUCGGCGCCCGAGCGGAUUCAGGCGCACCGCAUGGCCAGCUUUGAGCUGAGCUUCCUCGACCGCGACGGCUGGCCGAUCGACUACGGCGCCGCGUCGGUGCGCCUCGUGCGGCACGACUUCCCCUUCGGCGUCUCGCUCCAGACGCGGCGCGAGGCGGGCUUGUCGUCGCGCGACCAUCAGUGGCUCCUCCGCGCGGCGGCGGCUCACUUUUGGACGGGCACCCUACAGACGCAGCUCCAGUGGUCGCACUACGAGCCCGCGCCCGGCCAGGUGCAGGACGCGCGCGCGGCCACGGAGGAGCUGCUGCGGUGGGCCGCCGAGAACCGCUGGCUGCCGCUGAGCGCCUCGCUCUUUGACGGCGGCCACAGCGAUGCGGGCCACUGGUCCAAUAAUGUUGCCUGCAAGGAGCUCACCGCCCACCUGCACGAGCGGGUCUUGCGCGACCUGCGAUCGUUUGGCGGCGCCUUUGGCCGGUACGAGGUGUGGAAGGAUUCGCUCCGGUGGCGCGAUUGGGUAGAGCGGUGCGGUGAGAGCCUCAUGCACUCGGCGUACUCGUGGGCGGCGCAGGCGGCUCCUCAGGCCGAGCUCUGCACCUCGGAGAGUGGCAUCCUCUCCUCGCUCACGCUGACGCCCGCCGAGGCGUACCACAACUCGCUCUGGGACUUGCGCGCGCGCGGCGUCCCGGUGCAGGCCAUCGGCGUGCAGGCGCACUUUGACGGGGAAGUGGACGCGUCCACUGUCAAGCACCGCCUCGACGUGCUCCGCGAGCUGCGCAUGCCCGUCUACAUCACGGAGCUCACCAUCUCGGGCCUCGACCCGGCGCAGCAAGCGUAUGAGCUCGAGAAGUUCCUGCGCAUCGCCUUCUCGCACGAAGCAGUGGCCGGCAUCACUCUCGGACAGCUGUGGGACGACCCGAGGACAACGGCAGCAGGCGCCAACGGGCCGGGGCUCUACACGGCGGGGAAGCAGCCCAAGCCGGGGGCGGAACGGGUGGACAGCCUGUGGCGGGGGGAGUGGCAUACCGAGGUGACGCACGAGAUGACGUCGCGCGGCCGCGAGGCCGGCUUGCUGCCGCUGGAGGCCGCUGUCCCUAGUACCUGCGUCUACGAGGGCUGCGGCACGUCCACGACACGUCCGCGACGUGUCCCAUAG